AAAGGGGGUUGAGGGGAAACCCUCAUGCGGCGGCCGUGAGCGGGGCGGCGGCCAUGAAGCGGCGGAGCGCGGACUGCAGCAAACUCCGGCGGCCGCUGAAGCGGAACCGCAUCACGGAGGGCAUCUACGGCAGUACGUUUCUAUACCUGAAGUUCCUAGUAGUGUGGGCACUAGUACUGCUGGCAGAUUUUGUCCUGGAGUUCAGAUUUGAAUAUCUCUGGCCAUUCUGGCUUUUCAUCAGGAGUGUUUACGAUUCCUUCAGAUACCAGGGCUUGGCCUUUUCAGUAUUUUUUGUUUGUGUAGCAUUCACAUCAAAUAUAAUAUGUCUGCUCUUCAUACCAAUACAAUGGCUAUUUUUUGCUGCCAGCACCUAUGUAUGGGUACAGUAUGUCUGGCACACCGAGAGGGGGGUAUGUUUACCAACAGUAUCGCUGUGGAUACUUUUUGUUUAUAUUGAAGCAGCAAUUAGAUUUAAAGAUCUCAAAAAUUUCCAUGUGGACCUUUGUCGUCCCUUUGCUGCACAUUGUAUUGGCUAUCCUGUUGUGACUUUGGGCUUUGGCUUCAAAAGUUAUGUCAGCUACAAAAUGCGAUUAAGAAAACAAAAAGAAGUACAGAAAGAGAAUGAAUUUUAUAUGCAGCUUCUCCAGCAAGCUCUACCCCCAGAGCAACAGAUGCUACAAAGGCAAGAGAAGGAAGCAGAGGAAGCAGCCAAAGGAUUAUCUGAUAUGGAUUCCUCAAUACUUUUGCAGCACAAUGGAGGCAUUCCGGCCAAUAAAAAAUUAUCCACAACGUUGCCAGAAUUAGAAUAUAGAGAAAAAGGGAAAGAAAAGGACAAGGAUGCCAAGAAACACAACCUUGGAAUAAAUAACAAUAUUUUACAACCAGUAGACUCAAAAAUACAAGAAAUUGAAUAUAUGGAAAACCAUAUUAAUAGCAAAAGAUUAAAUAAUGAUCUUGUAGGAAGUACAGAAAACCUCUUAAAAGAGGACUCAUGCACUGCCACAUCCAAAAAUUAUAAAAAUGCUAGUGGAGUUGUGAACUCCUCACCUCGCAGUCACAGUGCGACUAAUGGGAGCAUCCCUUCCUCAUCCACAAAGAAUGAGAAAAAACAGAAAUGCACUAGCAAGAGCCCAAGCACACACAAGGACUUAAUGGAAAACUGUAUUCCUAAUAACCAGCUAAGCAAACCAGAUGCACUGGUAAGGUUGGAACAAGACAUUAAAAAGUUAAAGGCUGACCUGCAGGCAAGCAGGCAGAUUGAACAGGAGCUGCGUAGUCAGAUCAGCUCUCUGACUAGCACGGAGCGGGGCAUUCGGUCUGAAAUUGGACAGCUCCGGCAAGAAAAUGAACUGCUUCAGAACAAAUUGCAUAAUGCUGUACAACUGAAACAAAAAGACAAACAGACCAUCAGCCAGUUGGAGAAAAAGCUAAAAGCAGAGCAAGAGGCACGAGCCUUUGUAGAAAAACAGCUGAUGGAGGAAAAGAAGAGAAAGAAGUUGGAGGAAGCAACUGCUGCACGCGCUGUUGCAUUUGCUGCUGCUAGCAGAGGAGAAUGCACUGAAACUUUACGGAAUCGAAUCAGAGAGCUGGAGACAGAAUGCAAGAAGCUAACACUUGAUAUAAAGCUGAAAGAAGAGCAGAUACGAGAACUAGAAAUUAAAGUUCAGGAGCUGCGGAAGUACAAGGAAAAUGAAAAGGAUACAGAGGUGUUAAUGUCAGCACUUUCAGCCAUGCAGGAUAAAACACAGCACUUAGAGAAUAGUCUGAGUGCAGAGACAAGAAUCAAGUUGGAUCUGUUCUCUGCAUUAGGAGAUGCAAAACGGCAGCUUGAGAUUGCCCAAGGGCAAAUGAUUCAGAAAGAUCAGGAAAUCAAGGAACUAAAACAGAAGAUAGCAGAAGUUAUGGCAGUAAUGCCCAGCAUAACAUACACUGCAGCCACCAGCACCCUGAGUCCUGUUUCCCCACAUUACUCUUCCAAAUUUGUGGAGACCAGCCCUUCUGGACUUGAUCCCAAUGCCUCUGUUUAUCAACCCCUGAAGAAAUGAAUGCCAACUUUCUUUUUGCCCAGCAAUUUUGUCAUACCGAAGGCAUCGCACAGGAGUCUCUCUCGCAGUCAAGAUGAAAUUGUAUUGUGUGAGACUGUAUUUGUUGUCAUUUAAAACAGAAAAAAAAGAACAUCAAGAUUUGACUAGAACUGCCCAUCAGUUUUUCUUGUAAAUUUUUAGAAAACCUCACAGAACUUUGCAAUUUAUUUUUCUUGGCCAACGCAUUAAAAACAACUCUUGGUUUUCAAGUAGCCAAUUUUGCCUUUUUAUGUAGUCUUGCAUGGUUUCCUCUUGAAAAACACAGGGCUUUGCUUGAUUCUGAACCCUUUCUUUUUUUUUUUUUUUAAAUAAUCAAGCUGAAAUUGCAGACCAGAGUUGCACGAAUAAUGAUGACAAUUCUUUUGUUUUUAGAAUGAAAGGGUUAAAUAAUCUAACAAAGCUUUGAUUUAUAGAUGUAUUAAAUAAAAGUAUGUGAUGUUGCAGAAAAUAAUUUGAUUACCCCUCAAAGGACCAAACAAAUUUAAGGGGCAUCAUUUAAGGGAAAGAAUAAGCAGCAAGAAUAGACGAUGAUGUGAUGGUGGUUGUUGUGUGAAAUAUUUAUAUUCCCAUUGGUGUUUUUAGUCAUUGAGAAUUGCUAACAGUCUUGUUCACAGUGCCUUGGGAAAAGACAUUUCAAGAGGAAACUUGAUAGUUUAAACUAUUUUUUCCCCCUUCACUGUCAUCUAGCUUAUAUAUCAAGCUCAUUACAGAGUCUACUGCAAAUUGUACAUGGUAAUUUGGAUGUUCAUUACAAACCAAGGUUACAUCUUCUAUUUAUUUUGGUAUAAAAAUCAGCAGUGUUCUGUAACUUGCCUUGAUUAUAAUACAUCAUAGAAGGCACAAUAUUACUACAGGAGGCGUUAUUGUGAAGGCAGAACUGUGCAAUGUACUGUAUACAAGAGACUGUAAAGCUGGCUAAUAAAAGCUGCAGUUCUGGGUUUUUAUUUUA